GCUGUGGCCGCACACUGGCUGCAGUAAGGUUCAUCCAGCCUUCAUACGAGCGUUGCCUUCGCAGCACGCCUAGUGAGUCAUAUGAAAACGUUCGAUGCCGGGAGCUGCGGGGACCGGUUUUAACGGGUCGGAUCUUAAGAGAUCGAAAUCUAACAAGAACGCUCACGAGACAGUGGCAGUUACGGCUCUGUGCAACUUUCUUUUUUUCCACCCUCAGAUUUUUUUUUCUUUUUGGAAUGUAGAGCAUCUGUUUUGUGUCGUCGCUUAAACAGCUUCUGCGUUUGUUUCCGUCUGGCUCAUUCUGACCUGCAUUUCACACAGUCAGGACUUGGCUUUUGUGUGAAGGUGCGCUCAGAUGAGAUCAGCACAGAUGAGACUUGAGAAAAAGCCUGGAUGGGAAAGAGCGUGAAUAUGGACAACCUUUCGGACUUCGGAGGCCCCUGUCCUUCUAGCCGCAGGGACUGGGAUUCCAGCAGCUGCAUGGAUGAUUUGAUGGACGAGGAUGAGAAAGACAGGGCGAAAAGGGCAUCCCGAAACAAAUCAGAAAAGAAAAGAAGAGACCAGUUCAAUGUGCUCAUCAAGGAGCUAUGCACCAUGCUGCAGGGCCAAGGCCAUGCUCGCAAGAUGGACAAGUCCACCAUACUACAAAGAACUAUUGACUUCUUACAGAAACAAAAAGACAUCAGUGCUCAGACUGAAACGUGUGACGUGAGACAAGAUUGGAAGCCUUCAUUCCUAAGCAAUGAGGAGUUCACCCAGCUUAUGCUUGAGGCACUUGAUGGUUUUUUGAUAGCGUUAACUACAGACGGAAACAUCACAUACGUAUCGGACAGUGUGUCUUCACUUAUUGGACAUUUGCCGUCAGAUAUGGUGGACCAAAAUAUCUUGAAUUUCCUCCCGGAGCGGGAACACGCAGAGGUGUAUAAGCUGCUAUCAUCCAAUAUGCUGAUGACUGACCCCAUUGCUGCUGACUUCCUGAACAGUGAGGCACAUGUGGAAUUUUGCUGUCACCUUGCCAGAGGGAACAUCGAUCCAAAAGAGCCGCCUGUGUACGAGUAUGUCAAGUUUGUUGGGGAUUUCAAGUUUCAUAACAAUGUGCCUACAUCCUCUUGUAACGGGGUUGAAUUGACGUUACCAAGAAGCCUGCAGACGUCGUUGGAGGAGCAGGUCUGCCUCAUUGCUACUGUACGAUUAGUCACACCGCAGUUUCUCAAGGAUUUGUGCAACGUGGAUGAUCCUUGUGAUGAAUUCACAUCCAGGCACAGCCUCGAAUGGAAGUUUCUGUUUUUAGAUCACAGAGCUUCUCCAAUCAUAGGAUAUUUACCCUUUGAAGUUCUUGGAACAUCUGGCUACGAUUACUAUCAUGUGGACGAUUUAGAGCUUAUAGCGCAAUGUCAUAAGCAACUCAUGCAGUUCGGAAAGGGGAAAUCCUGCUAUUAUCGCUUCCUGACAAAGGGCCAGCAGUGGAUUUGGUUGCGGACGCACUACUAUAUUACUUAUCACCAAUGGAACUCCAAACCUGAGUUCAUAGUGUGCACUCACACUGUUGUCAGUUACGCCGAAGUACGAGCUGAAAGGAGGCGAGCGUUUGGCCUUGAGGAGCUGUCUCCUCCUGAGAUUGCUCCUUCCUCUGUGAAGGCCCAGGAGCUGUACUUGGACAUGUGCUCCACGCUGGACCCGCCACUGGACAGAAACAGCGGCGCACGUUCGGUAUCCUCCCACAGCUCUCGGAAGUCCUCCCACACAGCGCUGUCGGACUCCGCAUCAGCAAACUCGCACACAGAAACCUGCACGCCGUCAUGGCAGUCGACUUCUAUUGGGAACGAGAGGACGGCUGCCAGACUCCAUGUUGGGCGUUCAAAGAAUUCGACCCAAAGACAAAAUCCCUUUGACCUGGUGUCCCAAAUGAGCCUCCCCCUUUCUCCUCCUCCUCCUCCUCCAUGCAGCAAGAACACAGCAAUGCAACAGCAAACGCAGCAGCAGUCGUCCAUGUUUCAGAUGCAACAGCCUCAGCUGGGUGUUAUGAACCAGCUUAAGGAGCAACUGGAGGAAAGGACACGCAUCCUGCAGGCUGACAUAAAGACGCAACAGCAGGAGCUCCAUGACAUCAAAGAGAAGCUUCACCUCGCUAAUCUUCAGAUGUUACUACAACAACCUAUCCACAAUGAAAUUGGCCAACAGCCGCAGCAGCCACAGCAGCCGCAGCAGCCGCAGGGCCCAGGCAGGCCGGCCUCCCAGAGCCAAUCGGGCGUCAUCAGACCCCUCUCAGGCCACCCGAAACCACCUUCCUGCGGUGCCCACAGUUCGUCCCCUCACUCACUUUUGAGAGAGAACAACUCCCCCUCAACACAGGUCCCGCAGAGGAUAUCUCGGAGCGGCCCGGUGCAGUCAGUGAGUUUGACCGUGCAGACCAAUACGAGUCUGACCAUGCCCUUCUACAGCAACCCAAUGAUGUUCUCACAGACCAAUACGAGGCCUCUACAUGACACAAACCAAAGACACGCGGACAACGACUUUAGCCAAGACGGACAACUACGGAUGCUCCUGAACCAGCCGAUGCAGACAUUGGUCCCCACGAGCAGUGGGUCCACGCAGUCCUCCCAGCAGUGCAACAUGGGCAUUCCCCAGACCAUAUACACAUUGGAGCAGCAGAUCAUCGCCCCCUCAUUCCCCAUGCAACAGGUCAACUGCAACGCCGUGCUCGUUCCCUCUCAGGUGUUCACGUCGCCUAUCAUGAUCCCGCACAACAGCUUCAUCUCCCACCAGUCACAGCCAAGCUAUCAGGCUCAGCCUCAGGCCUCCCAGCACUCCCUGCAUCUGCAGCAGCCCCAGCAGUUCUUUCAGAUGACGCAAGGACUUGUGCACAGUGGAUCGACUCCAGCAUUCCUACACACCGCCAACAUCCCACAGCAAGGCACUGUGGGAUACAUCCAGCAGCAGCCGGCGCCGCAAACACAACAGCAACAACAAAGACAAUAUCAACAUUCCCAAACCCAGAACGCUAAUGUUUCAGACUUUAGGAAUAUGCUAACGCAGUAGCACUGUGGAAAGCGCGAGAGCGCUGAGCUCUGCGGCUGGUUGCUGUUGUGGCGGGAAAACGGAUAAGAGCGGCGUGAACAUUUGAUGCGAAGCUGCUCGCUCCAACGGGGAAGUGUCGGAGUAAAACGACGACGGGAAGCGGACAGGAGGAAUGUGAUAGUGAGAGGCGGGGCCUUUCAUUACCAGCCUGCGACACGCGCGGUUGUCAUUGAAACAAGUGAAUUUAUCACCGCUGUCAUGAGGAUGCCACUUUCAUUUUGCAAGUGUCUGUUUGCACUUUUGGUACAUUGCCCCACCUAAGAGUAGGAAAAGAGUAUUUAUUUUUGCCUAUACAUUUAAUAUGAAAUGUUCCCUCUAACCUGUGACUUCACAGUAAGAUUAUUUUCCCGACAACCCCCUUGAGUGAAAUCCAGAGUAUUGCUUUUAAUUUCCCAUUUAGAGGAGUUGGCCCCCGUCUAAAUAAGGUAAACACACCUCUAGGUUAUCGUUAUCAUGAAAAGGGCUUCUUCAACAGGCGGCUUCUUUAAACGGGACACCUCUGAUGAGCCCUGCAGCAACACACCUCGUUUGUCAAACAGUUAAAUGGAGGAGGCCGGGUUGUCUCAUGUGCCUUUUAACCAUGCUAUGGUGCAGUUCCAAUGUUGUGUCUGACUAUGGCUUUAAAAAUCCUGCUCAGGUCCAUUUGGAAUAUAAAGUUUAUUUUCAUUGAUCAUAAUUUAUACACCCCCCCCCCUACAUUAGAUAUAAAAUAAUAGACAUUUAGAUUUGUGUAGGAGAUUAAACAGAGAAAUAUGUAUAAUGGAUGCCUUUUACAACCUUAACUUGCCCCUACCAAUGAAUUUAAGCACUUGCAGUCAUAUUUUUAUUAUUUUAUUAAUAAUUUAUUUGCCGAACACAAUGCGUCAAACAACUGAGAUGGGAUUAAGAAUGCAGUUUUAUAUAUUGAGAUUAUGGUUCAUUUUAAUGUUCAGGCAGGAAUUGAUGCGCCACUACUGGUCUUAAAUUUUACUCCCAUCUAGAUGCAUUUAUUUUUAUAAAACCCACCCACAAUGAGAGAUUAACAGAUUGAUGUGCUGUCUAAACACAUUUAAGUAGUUUGGAACUAUACUAUGUAUUUUCACUCCAAUCAAUGAGGAUAAAUAGUAAAAAAAAAGUACACUUUUACAAAGAUAAACAUCCUGCAUUACUUUUUGGUACACAUGGUUCAUUGAAGACUUCCCAUUAUUGCUAAGUGUCAAUAGUUGUUAUGGCAACAAGCCCAGCUCGUACAGCGCCGCUUGCCCAAAAGAAAACAGACAGAUGAAAAUCAAAUGUAGUGUAGUCACCCAUUUACCAGUUUGUUUACACUUUACAAGUUACUAUCUUUGUAAAGGCGCACUGUUUGCUACAGCUCUUGUUUUGGAUCUCAUUCGAUUAUGCAAGUGUAACUUGUCAGCAACGAGUGAACACUGUUUACAAAACGAUUACGACAGGCUAGUGAGUGUGUGCAUGCACAGUGGCGCUGCAGACAUGAACAGCUGCUAA